UUAGCUAAUCGGCUCUAACGGCUCCAGCUGAGAGAGAGAAGGGUAGAGAAGACAAGAUGGCGGACUGAGUGGGCUGCGCUUUGUACAGACGGCCUGCGACCCUGGAAGUUUGCUAAAAUCCUUCCAAAAAAGACGGAAACUAUCGAAAGGGAACCAGAGCCGUCGAAAGUUUGAUCGAAACGGCGCUUUCGGACCCAGAUAACCGAAGAGGAACGGACUUAUCUGGUGCCGCGGUCCUCGCGACAGCGUUAGCUCGAUGCUAACGUUAGCCUCCGUUAGCUCCACUAGCUGCUGCUGAAGGCCGCGAGCUCUCCGGGGCUCUUUGGAUGUAAAUACUUCCACACUGUGGAGGGUUUAUUGUAGCAGGGAGUCCAUAAAUACACAGAGUAAACCCAGAGGACUUCACACUUUCAGGUGAUCCGUUAAUUAUUGGAGUUUGGAGGAGCUGGUUCAGAACUGCCUUCAUCAGCUGAUAAACAGGACUUUCUUUACCUGCUAACCUGAAGAGAUCACUAGGUGGACAUCAUGGCGAGCAGUAGUGGGUCUAAAGCUGAGUUUAUAGUGGGGGGAAAAUACAAGCUGGUGAGGAAGAUCGGCUCUGGAUCAUUCGGCGAUAUUUACCUGGCCAUCAACAUCACAAACGGAGAGGAGGUAGCAGUAAAGUUGGAGUCGCAGAAAGCCAGACAUCCACAGCUGCUGUAUGAAAGCAAACUGUAUAAAAUCCUUCAGGGAGGAGUCGGGAUCCCGCACAUCAGGUGGUAUGGACAGGAGAAGGACUAUAAUGUCCUAGUGAUGGACCUGCUUGGACCCAGUCUCGAGGAUCUGUUCAACUUUUGCUCCCGCCGCUUCACCAUGAAGACAGUCCUCAUGCUGGCAGACCAGAUGAUCAGCAGAAUUGAAUAUGUACACACAAAGAACUUCAUCCACAGAGACAUUAAACCAGACAACUUCCUCAUGGGUAUCGGCCGUCACUGUAACAAGUGUUUAGACUCGUCAGUGGGGAAGAGGAAAAGAAGCUUGGCUGUUAGCUCUUCUCAGGACCCAUCUUUCUCAGGAUUAAACCAGUUGUUCCUCAUUGACUUUGGUUUGGCGAAGAAGUACCGAGACAACAGGACACGACAGCACAUCCCCUACAGAGAAGACAAGAACCUGACCGGCACCGCACGCUACGCCUCCAUCAACGCACAUCUGGGCAUCGAACAGAGUCGCCGUGAUGACAUGGAGUCGCUAGGCUACGUGCUGAUGUACUUCAACAGAACCAGUCUGCCCUGGCAGGGAUUAAAGGCUGCCACAAAGAAGCAGAAAUAUGAGAAGAUCUCAGAGAAGAAGAUGUCGACUCCUGUGGAGGUCCUUUGUAAGGGUUUCCCAGCAGAGUUUGCCAUGUAUCUGAACUACUGCCGUGGCCUGCGCUUUGAAGAGGCUCCAGACUACAUGUACCUGCGCCAGCUGUUCCGCAUCCUUUUCAGGACUCUGAACCACCAGUACGACUACACGUUUGACUGGACCAUGCUGAAACAGAAAGCAGCCCAGCAGGGGGCCUCCUCCGGGGGCCAGGGCCAGCAGGCACAAACCCCCACAGGCAAGCAAACUGACAAACCCAAGUCUAACAUGAAAGGGUUCUGAGGCGUGAGUCCCCCCGCCCUGCCCCCUCCCCCCUGAGCUAAGGUGCAGCAGGUGUUGGUGACCAGGACCAACAAGUGUUUCUUCUUCCUGGACGGAGACAGAUGACGUGUGUCCUUCAUAAAACGAUGUGUGUGCUGAGCGUUCACCUGUAAAUAAAGAAUCUGCACUCCAAACAAACACAGUGAGGGCAGGUUGUUUCUGAUGAGGAGGCUGUAGCCCCCUGACCCCCCCCCCCAACACUCACCCACCCACCCACCCCAUAUAUCCUUCCCCCCUCCCCCUGUGUCUGUCUGGUUUCUAUUGAGACUGAGGUCAGAAGAAAGACAGGUAACCCCCCCACCCCCUCUGUUUCUCUCUCUCCCUCCUCCCCUCCCCCCCAAAAUGUAAGACAUGUUAAACCCUUUUGUUUCAGAAUAAUUGAAUGAUGCAACCCUGGAUGUUCUUUACUAAAUCAGAAAUGUUGGAUUUUUUUCUUGUUUUCUUUUGUUUCUAUGGUGAUUAGGAGUUUGCCUGUUGACAAUAUAAGCAGCCGAUGGCAACAGUCAAUGGUAGAAUGACUCUCCCUCUCAUUAGAGCUCUCAAUUAUUAUUAAAUCUGUUGUAAAACCUAUGGUCUUCUCCAAAAAUAAAAACAUGACAGAACUCUC